AUGUUUAGAAGUAUCGUUCCUACAACAGUUGGAUUAAAUAACUGUAAAUAUGUACAUGUAAAUGUUGAUGAAGAAUAUGACAUGUGUAAUAUCAAAAAUGAUGUUAAGAUAUAUAAUGCUGCUCAAGAUGUUUCAAAUAUAAACUGUGAAAAUAUAACACAUGUAGGUAGCAUUUAUAAUAUUCAUAUUGAUAAUUUAAAAAAAUGUAAAAGUCCAGAAGAAAUAGCUAUCAAAAUAUUGAAAUCACAAAACUGGGAAAAUAAAAGGAAAUAUACAAAUGAUGAUGAAUAUUUUUAUAAAAAGAAAAAAAAAGUAUCCAAUAAUAUUUUGCAACAAAUUUAUAUAAAUGAUUCUUCAUAUUUAAUAAGAAAUGAUCAUGAUAAUAUAAACAAAGGAAAUAAUUAUAUAGAUCAAUGUAAUAAUUAUAUAGACCAAAAUAAUAAUUAUAUAGACCAAGAUAAUAAUUAUAUAGACCAAAAUAAUAAUUAUAUAGACCAAAAUAAUAAUUAUAUAAACCAAAAUAAUAAUUAUAUAGACCAAAGAAAUAAUUAUAUAAACCAAUGUAAUAAUUAUAUAAACCAAUGUAAUAAUUAUACUAAUAAAUAUAGUAACCAAUUAAUUAAUAAAUAUCCUAUAAAUAAUAAUAUGAAUAAUCAUAUGGACAAUUAUAAUUAUUAUAAUAAUAUUCCUUAUAAUACAUUUGCACAAAAUCAAAAGGAAGAAUAUCAAAAUAUUUUACAAAAUAAUUAUCAUCAGUUUCAAAAUUAUAAUCAAACUGAAAAUAACAAUGACACUAUAUAUGAUACACAUGUAGAUAAUAAUUUAAUAAAACAGAUGAACUUAUUACAAUUAGCUUAUAAAAGCAGGUUUAAAAAAUCAAAUAAUCAUGUAAAAAUUAAUGAAGCUCUUUCAUAUAAUAAUAAUAAGGAAGUAAUACAAAAUAUAAAAAGUUCCAUUAACAAAGAAAAUAAUCAUAAAUUUUAUGAUCAUCUUCAUUAUAAUGAUAAUAUGAAGAAUAACUGUUUACAAAACCAAGGGGAAAAAAUAUUCAAUAAUGAUCCUACAGAGAAUAAAGGAAUGAAUAAUAUACAACAAAUAAAUGAACAAAUAUUAAAUGAAAAUAAAUAUGAUAAUAAUAUGAAUUAUAAUAUAAAUUUUGCCAUAGAUGAGGGAAUUGAUGGUCCAACAAGUGAUCAAAGGAAGGAAACUACAGAUGAUUCGAGAGAAGAACAAAUAGAAGAACCAAUAGAAGAACCAAGAGAAGAACAAAUAAAAGAGCCAAUAAAAGAGCCAAUAAAAGAGCCAAUAAAAGAGCCAAUAAAAGAGCCAAUAAAAGAGCCAAUAGAAGAGCCAAUAGAAGAAGCAAUAGAAGAACAAAUAAAAAAACCAAUAGAAGAACCAAUAGAAAAACUAAUAGAAGAACCAAUAAAAGAACCAAUAAAAGAACCAAUAAAAGAACCAGUAGAAGAACAAAUAAAAGAACCAGUAGAAGAACCAGUAGAAGUACCACUAGAAGAACCUAUAAAUACCCCCACAAAUGACCAAAUAUAUCCACAAAAACUCAAUAAACAUUUAAUACCUGUCAAUUUAAAAAACACAUGCCAUUUGAACAAAAUAAAAAGCUCAACCUCAAAUAUUUUCAGAAUUGAUAACACUAUUCCUAUCCAAAUAAAGGAUAAUAAUUUUUUAGAAUAUUCAAAUAACAAUAAUAAUACAUAUAUUGAUGAACCAAAUAAGGAAGACAAACAACUUGAGGAAUACUUGGAUAUCUUUUUAGAUUUGACUGAGGGAGAUAUAAUUAAUAAUAAGAAGAAAAUGAAGAGAAUAAUUAAUUAUAUAGAAGAAUACAUAAGAAAGGGGAAUAUAAAAAAUAUGGAAAGACAUAAAUUCUUUUUGAAUGAUAAUAAGAUAGAAUUAAUAUAUAAUAAAUUAUUAUCAAACUGUAAGAACAUUUUGAACAUAGAAAUAAGUUAUAGAAAAAAUAAAGUUGCAGAAGAAUAUACAUCAGAAGAAGAUAUAAGUAUGAAUGAUAUAAAUAAUAAAGACAAUAUAUAUAUGAAUGAUAUUAAUAUGGAUUAUAUAAAUAUGAAUAAUGUAAAUUUUAAUGACCGAGUGGAUAAUAAUUCUAUAGAAAAUAUAAAUGAUAAGGAAUAUUCUUCAAAUCUUUUAUUACAUAAAAAAAAAAAAAGAGAUAAAGAAAAAGUACAAGAACAAAAUAUAAACAAUAUUAUGAUGAAUGAAUUAAUUUUUGGUCAAUAUAAUAUUUUAUUAUAUUUACUGAUGUUACAUUUUGAUGUUUUUAAAAAUAAACAUAUGAAUAUAGAUGAUAUAAAUGAUAAUAUAUUAUUAAAUUUAAAAAUCCAUAUGAAAAAUGUUAUAAUAAAAUUAUAUUUGAAUCAAGUUAAAAAUGGAGUUAUUGAAUUUUAUAAUAUAAAUGAAAUAUAUUUAAUAGAAAUAUAUAAUAUAUAUGAAAAAUGUUUAUUUUAUUUAUAUAAUAUAUAUAUAUAUAUAGAAAAAUAUGACACAGUAUUAGUAAAUUUAAUUGAUGUAUGUAUGAUGACCUUUCAAAUACAUCAUAAUGUUCAAGAUAUUAUAAAACAUUCGAUUAAUUUGUUAUUACUUGUAUUUAAAAAUAAUAAUAAAAAAAUGAAAAAAUAUAUUAUAGACAAUAUACUGAUGAAUAUAAAUAAUGUUAAUUUUAAAUACAAUAAAUUGAAUUUUAAGAAUUUCCAGAAUAAUUCGACAUAUGUUCAUUUGAUUCAUUUCUUUUUGUUGAAGGUUUCAGAGACGUUUUCUUUUUAUGAGGGAGAUAUGAAAGAAAGAUUUUGUUUUAGCCAGCAGAGGGAUGCAAAAAGGAUGAGUCUUGAUAGUAAGAAAGGUAAAGAUUAUGAUGAUGACAAUAGUUAUGAUUAUCAUGAUGAUAACAAUAGUGAUGAUUAUUAUCAUGAUGAUGACAAUAGUGAUGAUUAUCAUGAUGAUGAUGAUGAUAGCGAUUAUGUUGAUAAAAAAUCAUAUAGAAAAAAUUCAAAUAAGGAAUCCAUUAAUAAUACAAGCGAUUCAAAUUUAUCUGAGGAUUCCUUUUGUCUAUCAUUAUUCAGCAGUGAAAACGAUAAUAAAAAUAAUAUUGUUAAUAAUGAUUGUAAAAAUGAAAAAGAUAUUAAUAGAUAUUCAAAAAAAAAAAAACAAAAAAAAAAUCAAUUUUAUUACAAUCAUCCUAAGGAAGAAAAAAAAAUAUAUUCAUUAAGAAGUCAAAAAAAGAUCAUAAAUAAUUAUGAUUAUCAUAAUUUAAAUAAUAAUAAUAAUAAUAAUAUAAAGAAAAAAAAAAUAUAUAAUACACGGACAAAAAAUAAGAACUUUAUUGAUAGUAAUAGUAUUACAAAUAAAGGUAAAAAGAAAAAAUGUAUUUUUACCAAUAAAACUAAUAAUUAUAAAAAAGAAAAAUAUAAUAUAAAAUAUGAUAUAAAUGGAAAUAUGCAAAAAAAUGAAGAUUCACAUUUUAUGUCUUGUUUCCAUAAUUUUAUGAUGAGAAAAAAUUUUAAAAGAUUAAAUAAUAUAAUAAAUUAUAUCUUAAUAGAAAUGAUUGAAAAUUAUUUGUUUGAAGAUAAUAAAAAUGGUAGAAUAAUUUUACAACAUUUUAUUUUAGAUCUUAUAAAAUGUUGUGAUAAUCCAAGAUUCAAUAUAAGUUCACAAUUUAUAAAAAAUAUUAUUCAUAUUUUUUUUGAUAUAAUUAAUAAAAAAUAUGAUAAUAAUAUAAAAGAAACUUGUCUAUAUUUAUUAAGAUAUAUUUUUAAAUAUAUUUUUAAUAUAUAUAAUUAUAUUAAUAAUUUCUCUUAUCAUAUGUUAUAUUAUUUCAAUUAUACUAUGAAAACGAAUAAAUAUAUACAACCUCUAUUUUAUAAUUUAAAUAAUCAUACCUUUUAUGAAAAAAACAAAAUAUUUCAACACGAUCUUAAUAAUCAAACGGAAGAUAUUAUUAUUAUUAAUAAUGAUAAUAAUAUAGAGGAAAAAAAAAAAAAAAAAAAAAAUAUAAAUAUAAAGAAAAAUAUAAAUAUCAAAAAAAAUAUAAAAAAAAAAACAAAAAAGAGUACAAACAUAAAUUCUGAAGAUAAAACUAAUAAUGAUAAAAACAAUAUAGAAUUAAAAAUAUCAAAAAAUAAGAAAACAUUUAAUCAUACUAAAUGUUGUAAUGAUCCAAAAUAUGAAGACACAAUUCUUCGAUGUGUGCAAUGUCAAUCUUUUUAUCAUAUUAGUUGUAUUGAAAAAAAAAAUAAUAAAAAUAUUUUAUUCCAAAAAGAUAUUUAUGAUUUAAAUGAAUAUAAUGAACAAAAUUUAUUUCUAAAAAAUAAAGAACAGAAUAAUGAGUUACAAAAAGGUGACAUCUUUGAUAAGAGAGAAGAAGAAAAUAAUAAAAUUAAUCUAAACGAACAGAAAAAUGGAAAUAAAAAAUAUAAAGAAGAAAAAAAAGAUAUAUACAAUAAUAAUUAUUAUAAUAUUAAUAAUAUAGAUAAAACAAUAUAUACAUCAAAUAUAAUUGAUUAUAAUUGUGAUAUUUGCAAAAUAAAAAAUUUGAUAAAAAUAUUUAUUAUGAGAGAGAGUGAAAUAAAUAAUAGUUUCUUAAAUUUAAUGUUUAAAAAAAAAAAAGAAAAAAAUAAAGGAUUUUAUUCUUAUGAUAAAUUUCUUAAUAGCUUGAAAAUUUUUAUAGUAUAUUAUUAUUAUAUAUUAAUACAUAUUAAUAAAGACAAAAUUAUUGAUGACAUUGAUAAGGAUAAUAAUUAUGUAUAUUCAUAUAUAUUGUUAUUAUAUAAUAAUUUUGUAUAUGAAAAGAAUAAAAAGAAUCAUACUACAGUUUCAAAUACAACAAAAAAUAAAAAUAAAAUGAAACAUAUAGAAAGUGGUAAAAAUAAUGAUGACAAAAAUAAUGAUGACAAAAAUAAUGAUGACAAAAAAUAUGAUGACAAAAAAUAUGAUGACAAAAAUAAUGAUGACAAAAAUAAUGAUGACAAUAAUAAUGAUGACAAAAAAUAUGAUGACAAAUAUGUUGAUGAACAAAAGAAAAAAAAAAAAAAUUUAAAUUCAAUAAAUGAUAUGCUAAUUUACGAAUUUAAAAAUGUUAAGAAAAAUGAAGAAAUGUGCUAUUCUUUUAGUUCUACACAUAAUUUUGAUAUAUAUAUAAAUUAUGCUUGGAAAAUGUAUUUAUAUUUUUUCUUUUAUGAUUUCUUUUUUAUAGCAUUUAAUCAAUUAUUUUAUAUCCUAUAUGAAAAUAGCAAUAAAAAUUUAAGAUAUUAUAGUAUAUCUAUAAUUAGCAAUAUUAUAAAUGAUAAUUAUUUAUAUCUAAAAAGUAAACAAACACAACAUAUAUUACUAUCAUGUUUGACAGAUAAUUAUUUAAAAGUUAGAGAAUAUACCUUAUAUAUUUUUUAUAAUUUUUGUAAGCAGUUUCUAGAUAUAGAAAAUUUAAUUAUAUAUCAAAAAGAAAUUACAACAUUAUUAUAUGAUCAAUCAAAAAAAAAUAUAUAUCCAUGUCAUCAAAAAAAUGAUACAUUAUUUAAUACACCAAAAGAAAUAUUACAAAAAAAUUAUAAAAAAAAAAUUACUAAUAUGAAAAAUAAUGAUAAUAAUAAUGAAGUAGAAUUAAAUAAUACACAGGAAAUACAAAAUAAUAAUCAUCAAAAUAAAUACUACCAGCAUAAUCAUCAACAAUUUGAUGAUAAAAAUUAUUAUUCAGUUAAUCAACAAAAACAGAAUCAUAAAAAUAUUUUAGAUCUUAAUGAAUAUAUUACAAACAAUAUAGUUGAAUCAAUCAAAAGAUGUUCAAAGGAUAUAAAAAUAAGUGUAAGAAUUAUAAGUGUCAAAAUAUUAAAAUAUAUUAUAUAUUUUAAUAUAUAUAUCAAAAGAUAUAAUGAAUCCAUUUACAAAAAGGAUAUCCAAAAUUAUGAUAAUAACAUGAUAGAUAAGGAUUCUAAUUAUUUACAUAAUAAUAAUAAUACUAAUUAUUAUAGUGAACAUGCUCAUAAUAAUUAUUAUGAAGAAAAAUAUUUAAUAAAUCAGCAGAAUACAUCAUCUCAUAAUAUACAGCAAAUAAAUGAUGAGAAUAUUAAACAAAAUUGUAGUUCUGAAAAUAUUUCUAUACUUAAUGAUUUAAUUGAAAGAUAUGUAUCUACUUAUGAUAAUGAUAACAUGAAAAAUAGUGUUAUGGAAAUUUUUAUUGAAAUUUUUUUUAUCAAUAUUUUUAAAACAAUCAAAAUGAAAAAUAAAUAUAGUAGUUUCAACAAUGAAAAUAAUCAAAUAAAUUCUUGUUAUAAUAAAAAAAUAGGAAAUGCAGAAGAUGAUAUUUAUUAUGAAUCAUUUACAAAAGAUAUACAUUCUGAUGAAAGCCAAUCAUUACAACAACAUGAAAAGGACAAAAAAGACAAAAAAGACAAAAAAGACGAAGAAGAUGAUGAAGAAGAGCUAACAGAUCAGCAUAAUCAUAAUAAAUAUGUAAAAGUUGAAAAAGAUAUUUAUAUCUUAUUUAUUCAUCUAUUAUAUGUUAUGAAAAAUAAACACAAUAUAAAUAUUGUAAACAAAAUGCUUUCUUACCUUGAUAAAAAUAUAAAGAAAUAUCAGGAAUUAUUCGAUUUAACUGACAAAAUUUUUGAGAAUAAAACAUUAAAUCAAACUGAUAAUUAUAAUAAUAAUAAUAAUAAUAAAAUAUUAAGAAAAGGUAAACAAACAGAUAAUUACAAAUAUUCAAAAUGUGGUGAUACAAAUUAUUAUAAUAAUAGUAUAUAUCAUUAUAAUGUAGAUAAUGAAAUAAAUACCGAAAUAGAAACAGUAAAUGAAGAAGACGACCAAGAAAAUGAAUAUAUAAAUAAAAAUAUAAAUGUAAAACAAAAUGAUAACAAAAAGAAUAAGAAGAAAAAACAACGUAAAAAUAAUAAUAUAAAAAAAAAAAUUUAUAAGGAUAAAGAAAAUCAAAAUAUUUCUAAUACAGAGGAUCAUCAAAAUAAUAAUUAUAUAGCAUAUAAUAACAAUAUGCUAAAUAUUAAAAAUAAUGUUUAUAAUAUAUAUAUUAAUAAUUCCUAUAAACAUUUAGAUAUUUUAAAUAAAAAAAAUAUAACAUAUAUUUUAGAAGUAUGGAUUUAUAAUUUAAUUUGUCUUUUUAUAAAAACUCGAAGAAAUAGUUUACUAGAAAAUGAAACGAGGAAAAUUAUGAAUAUUCUAAAUAUUAUUAUAGAAAUUAUUCCUGAAUUAUUCAUAAAAUAUGUUAAUUUUUUUUAUCCUUAUAUAUAUAAUAAUGAUGUAUCAAAAGAUGUAUGUGAAUUAUUAUCUUCUAUAUUUCCAUAUUGUAAAUUAGAUUUGCAAUUAAAAUUACAAUUUAAGAAAGUUACAUUUAAUAAUUCUUUAUUAUAUCAUCAUAAUAUAUUUAUAUCAAGAUCAUAUAUACAAUUAUUAUGUACUUUGCACACAUAUAUAUUUUGUAAUUUUGUUUAUUUUAAAACAUAUAUAGAAGAAUGUUUUAUCAAACUGUAUAAAUACAAAUUAUGUUUUCUUAUUAAUAAUACUGUGGUUCAGCUCAAUAAUUUUGUUAGAGAGUUCUAUUUAAUGAACCUAGAGCAAAAGGAAGAAAUCAAAAAUAAUUUGAUACGUUUAUAUAACAACCAUUUACAGAAUGUUAAUCCAAAUAAUUUAAGACAUGAUAGAAAUGUAAAUGAUCAAAAAAAAGGAAAGGAGUUAAAUAAUACUCUGGAAUAUAAAAAUCAUGAAUGUAAUCAAAAUAAGGAUGAAUCCAAUAAUUAUAGUGAUAAAAAUUCGAAUAAUUUAUCAAAUCCUGAACAUUUUUUUAUUUACAACAUUAUAGAUAUUACAUAUGAAGAAUUUAUUUCUCAUUUAGAUCUAUAUAAGAAACAUAUUUUUGAUAUAUUUUCGAUUACACACAAUGAUAUAAUAAACAUUAAUAAAUAUGCAUGGCUCAUAUCUAUAAUGUGCGAAUUUAUAAAUAUGAAUAAAAUAAUUAUUAAUGAUGUAUAUGAUGUGAAUGAAAUAGAUGAAUCAGUACAUAUACAAAUAAAAAAUGAAAAUCAGGAAAAGCAAACAAAAAAUCACAACAAUGAUAAGAAUAAUAUAAAUGUAAAUAUAAAUAUAUAUAGUAAUAAUAAUAUUAAUAGUAAUAAUAAUAUUAAUAGUCAUUAUAAUAAUUAUAAUAGAGAUACCAUACUAUCAGACAAAUUUAAUAUUCUUUGUUCUAAUAAUAAUAUGAAAUAUAUUAAAUUAUCAGAUAUUGUAAAAAAUGUCAAAGUCUAUAUAAAUGCUAUUUUAUAUUUUGAAUUUAUUUAUAAUAAACAAAAUGAUUAUAUAAAAAGAUGGAAUAUUUUAAAAUUAAAAAAUGAAAUUAUUUCUGAAAUUAUACAAAAAAAAAUAAACAUAAAUAAAAUAGAGAAAUGUAAUGAUAUUUUUAAUUACAAAUUUUAUAACGUAUCCUUAAUAUUAGUUAAUAUAUUAAUUGAUCUAUUUUAUAUAACCAAUGAUAUUAAAUGUAAAUGUUUUUUCUUACAUUGCUUAUGUAAAAUAUUAUCAAAUUAUCAUAACUCCCAUUUUAUUAAUGAUCUAAAAUUAAGAAAUGUUUUCUUCUAUUGUAUUGAUGCAUUUUCUAAUUCUUCAUUACAAAAAAGUUUUCUCUACUCUCUUCUUCAAUUAAUUAAGACAUAUGAACAAUUUCUACGAAACAAAAAUAACAUUAACAUUGCUCAAAGUGGUAAGACUAAAAACAAUGAAAACAAUUAUAUUACAUUUAAAAAAAUGACACAACUGGUGACAAACGAAGAAAAACAGCACAAUAAAAACAAUAUAAUAAAAAAAAAUAAAAAUAAAUGUUUUUCAAGUGAUGAACUAACUACUUGUGAUGAUAGGGAAUAUUCCUCCUUUGCAAUUUCUUGUAUUAACCCACAAAGUUCCUCUUCUCAAAGUCCUAAUUUAUGCGAGAGUAAUGAUAAUGAAAUAGCUAGCCAUUCUGGAAAAAACAAUACCAAAAAAAAAAAAAAAAAAAAAUUGGGUCAGGAAGAACAAAUGAAUACAGAAGAAUUAUUCGAAGAAAACGAGACAUCAGUUGCAGAUAUAAAACUGGAAGAAGAACUUGUAAAAGGUACAAAUAAAAAGAAUCAGAAAAAUAAAAAAAUAGAUCCAAAAAAUUAUAGCAUUAAUGAAAAAAAGCUAAAAAAAAAUCAUGUAAAAUGUCAAAAAAAUCAUGGUCAGGAAAAUAUUAAAAAUUAUGAAAGUAAUAAAAAUGAUGUAAAUGGUACACAUCAUUUAAAUAAUCAAUUGGUAGAUGAUCAUAAUAAUACUAAUAAAAGAAAUGUGGAUAAAAAUCAGAAUAAGGAUAUUAUACACGUUUUGCUGGUAGCCUCACUAUUUUCUCAAAAAAUUAUUGAUUUAUUAAUUGUAAAUAAAUAUAUGUAUAUAGACUGCACACAAGAUGAAUUAAAUUUUAUUAAAUGCUUAGGUAUACAAAUAUUAAGUCAUUUAUAUAAAGAAGGUUUUAUUCAGAGUAGUAAAAUAUCACCAAGUAUUUUUUGUUUAUGCUUUUCUUCUGAUAUAAAAUUAAAAUCACGUAGUGAAAAGGUAAUAAACUGUAUCAUAGAAAAAGAAAAUUAUAACUUUUUAAAUAAUUUAGCUGAAUGUUUACAAUAUCUGUUAUUUUAUAUAAUUGAAAAUAAUUAUAUGUAUAAUAAUAGGGAAUCAAAUAAUAUAAAUAAUUUAUUCUUAUUUAAUAAAAUAGAAUCAAGUUUCUUCAAAACAUUGCUUGAUAUUUAUGAAAACUUAACAUCCAAAAAAUUAAAAAUAAAAUAUCUUAAAAUUAUAUUGAAAGAGAUUGAAAAUACUUGUCACUUUAUUUUAUACGAUAAAAUAAAAAAGUUCAUAAGAGAAACAAAUGAAAAAUAUAGUAAUAAUAAUAGUAAUAAUAAUAGUAAUAUACAUGAUAAUAAUAAUAAUAAUGAUGAUGGCGAUGUCUAUUAUAAUAAUACAAAUAUUUUUAAUAAUCAAGAUUUGUCAAAAAAUAUUAUGAUUCAUAUUUAUCCUAUAAAUCAAAUUUAUUCAUAUAUUAUUAAUAGGUAUAUAAUAUUACCAAAUAAUAAAACUAUUAAAAAGAAUGAUAAAUCAAAAAAAUUUAAAGAAAUUACUACAUCUUCUUUAUCUUCAUGCUCUUCAUCAUAUUCUUCAAAUGGUUUGUAUAAUAAUGAUGACAAAUUAAAAAAAAAGAAAAAUAAAGAAAAUAAUAAAAAGAAAAAGAACAGUGAAAGAUCUAAACAUAAAGAUUUAUAUUAUAAGGAAAAAACACCAUCAUCGAAAGAUGAUUCAAGUGUGACAGAAAAUAUAUAUGAUAAUGAUAAUUAUCAAAUUAAGAAAUGCAAAAAUAUUAUGGAAAAAAUAAGAAAUAAAUAUAAUUAUUUAUUAAACGAUUAUUAUAUGAAAAUGGAUGAAUAUAUAUAUAUUAAUUAUUUCCUAUUCCUAUAUUUACAAAUUUUAAUAAAUUUAAUAUCAUAUUUAAACUUUUCUACAUAUAAUGAAAUAGCCAUAUUGAUUCAUGACAUUAAUAAACUUUAUUGUAUUAUAUCAUCAACAAUACAUAUGGAUAUGUAUGCAGAUGAUAUUUCAAGAACAAAUGAAGAAUCCUUCUAUUCAUUUAAUGAUCAUAUGAAACAAUAUACGAGUGUAAAUGAUAUAAACAUGGAAAAUGAAGAUUAUCUGUCUAUUAAUUUAAAUUUAAACAAGGUUAAGUGCUUUGUUAUGGCAAUUUUAAAUAAUUUGACGAACAAUUUAAUAAAACAUUAUGAUAUAGACACAUCAAAAUUAAAUGAAUUAAUCGAAGAAGAUAAUAUUAAAGAAAAUAAAAUAGAGGAUGAAAAAAGAGAAGAACCAAAAAACAAUAUUUUUAAUUAUUUGGAAUAUAUAUAUGAGUGUAUUGAAAUAUUUAUUGAAGAUAAUAAUACAAUUGUUGAAAAAUAUUCUAAAUGUCAUUUGAAUAUCCAUAACUUAAAUAACGAUUAUAUAAAUAAAUUGAUAAAUGAUGGAAAAAAUAAAAAAUUUGUACAAAAGAAAAAACAAAAGGAGACAGCUAAACAAAGACGUUUAACAUUAAAAAGAAAUAAUUAA